ACCAACAGAACUUUAUGCCUUAAUUUCCAUCCUCAAAAUGAAGAGGGAACUUUGCUCCUUGGUGUUUUGGAAGGCAAUAUUUGCUGAAUUCCUUGCCACCCUUAUAUUUGUAUUUUUCGGACUGGGUUCUGCUCUGAGAUGGCCCGCUGCCCUUCCAACAGUCCUUCAGAUUUCACUAGCCUUUGGCUUGGUCAUAGGGACACUGGUCCAGUCAGUGGGACAUAUUAGUGGCGCUCACAUAAAUCCAGCAGUGACUAUGUCUUUCCUGGUUGGAUCACAGAUUUCCCUUAUAAGAGCAUUUUUCUACAUUAUUGCACAGCUUCUGGGAGGCCUGGCUGGAGCUGGUAUACUUUAUGGCGUCGUAUCACCAAACGUCAGAGGGAACCUUGCUAUUAAUACGCUCAGUAACAACAUAACCCCUGGAGUAGCAUUUGUUGUGGAAAUGAUCCUCACCUUUCAGCUGGUUAUGUGCAUUUUCGCUUCAACAGACAGUCGUAGGGAAGAUAACGUUGGUUCUCCAGCAUUGUCCAUUGGACUCUCAGUUACUCUAGGGCAUCUUGUUGGGAUCUACUUCACUGGCUGCUCAAUGAAUCCUGCCCGAUCAUUUGCCCCAGCUGUUGUUGUGAGACGCUUUACAAAUCAUUGGGUCUUCUGGAUUGGACCAUUGGCCGGUGGUAUGUUGGCAUCCCUGACCUACAAUUACAUUCUUUUUCCGUCUACGAAGACGCGCUCACAAAAGUUGGCCAUUCUCCUUGGGACCUAUGUGGAAGAAGAAAGCUGGAGCGAUCAGCAAGACAACUGUAAAAGGCAGUCCUUGGAAUGUGACGAUCGAUGUAAUAAGAGAGGUGUGGGCUUUGGAUUGCCACCAGCCGGAUGCUCUGAAUAAAGGAGAUCUGGACCACUCCAGGAUCCAGAUACAUUCCCCAAAAAUGCACAAAACGAACAUUUUGCUACCUGUUACAACAUUUGAAGUUACAAGGAUGGCUGAGUGAUUCUGCUUGCAGACUGAUGAAUGCUUUUAUUGUUAUGAAGCUAUAUUAAUAUAUUAUCAGCCAACACUAUGAAGUAUAGAAGAAGAAAAAAAGGGAUACCGAUCCACAUCUAAAGCUUUUCUAGAUAAUAUAUCCAUCAUUGUAAUUCUAUUAUUUUAUGUUAAUUAUACAAUUGCUUAAUUUAAUUUGUUGUUUCGUUCGGGCUUAUAACAUAGUAACAAGUAGGUUAGGUUGAAAAAAAACACACAUCCAUCAAGUUCAAUCUUUUAUGCCUAUAUAUAACCUGACUAA